AGCGAUCGAUCGGUAAAUUAUUACACUUUUAGUGUCAGUGUACAAGGAAAAACGCGUUUAAUUAAUAUUUAUAUUGUAUUUUGUUAAUAAUAAUCAGUGAUUUUUUUUUAUCAAAGCCGUUUUUAGUUGUUUUAUGUUUUUAUUACGCUUAUAAACGUUAGUAAAAAUUAUAUAUAUUUUAAGUGACCUUUUUAUUAUGUUUCUUGUAAAGAAAGUAUCUCCAGAGGCCCACACUUAUUGGAAUCUUUUUGGUAUGUCACGAGAAUUAUUUUAAAAGUUUCAGUUGUAAGAAAUGCUUAAUGCCGAACUCAAGAUUUAAGCCGUCAGCGGCUAGUGUUUCUUCAGCCUCGGAUGAAGCCUCUAAACUAGAAUUGUAUCUCCAGAGGCAACUAGAGGAGGAUGUAGCAAGAAUAUUUGAUGAAUCGAUUUAUUGUGAUUUGGAAGUGGUAUGUGGAAAAUUAAAAAUACUAACACACUCUUGUAUCCUGAAAGCACGUACGAACAUAUUUUAUAACAAGCUUGAAGCUAUUUUGCACUUUAAUAUUGGUAAAGAAGUCUUUGAUGAAAUAUACUCCUUCAUAAGUGAUGCCUAUACGGAAUGUGAUAUAAAGAAUCAAGAAAAUGAAAUUUUGAUUUUUCUUAAAAGCAAAAUAUUCAAUGCUUUAUCUGAUUCAAAUCAAGUAAAAGAGAACACUGAUGAUAUUGAAGUCUAUCUAACACCAAAUUGUACAAGUCCUUUUGCAGAAAAAUUUCAACAAAUUACAUGUCUUAGUCCAAGUACAGAAUUGACUAAGGAGUACUAUGCUUUAGUACAUAUAGAGAGAAAUUUACUUGAGCAGGAAUUGAUUGAGCAAGAUGCUCUGUCAAAUGCUUUUCAAACUAUAAUAAAAUCGCAAGAUAGAAAAGCACAUAAAGAUAUACAACGUAACAAACCUACUUCACUGUCUCUUAUUUCUAGUCACUCGUCCAAAACAAUAAAACAUUCCAAUAAUUGUGAUAAUUAUAACGAAUUGCCCAAUGAAAAUACCUUUGUCAAAAAUUGUGAGGUUAUAUCCUAUGAACCUAUUCAAAGUACAAAAACAUGUCAAUCAUAUAAAGUGUUUGAAAAUAAUUUAAGUAAGACUAAGGAAAUAGUAGGUGAAAAAGUAUUGGACACUACUUAUUCUCCAGAUAGCUUAAUCACUGACGACCCUAGUUCUUCUUCAGAUUACUUGUCUGCAGCAUAUACAUGUUCUCCCGCCUUGGGAUCUUCUGGGUGCUUUCCUCAAUUAAAUGUUGGCGAAAAUUGUUCUAAAAUGGAAAACAUCUUUACUUCUUCCGAUUCUGGUCUGGAAAAUACUGGUAUGUUGGAAAGUUUGACUAGUCAUAAAGAUGUAACUUUAACAGAUAUAUCUUUAACUGAAAGUACUCUAAAUGACGUAACUACAGAAGAAACAAAUCAUUCGCAAGGAUCGAUCUCGAGUCCAGAGGCUGAUGGUCUCCAGAUUCAGAAAGUUAUAGAUGAUACUGGAACUUCAUCCUUGAAUGGUAUUAAAGGUGCAGAAGGCUGUAAUAGUCAACGAAAUUUAUGUUUGGGAAAACAAGAUGAUGUAAAAUAUAGCAAGACAUCUAAAGAAGAAAAGCAACGACAAAAUGAAGAAAUUGUUAUACUAGAAUCAUCAUCCGUUUCUUCAGAGACAGGAUCUUGGGAGUCUGUCUUCCCUCCAAAAAUAACAGAUAAAGAAAUUUGUAUAAAAUUUAUCCACAAUGAACGUCAAUAUGUAAAGAACCAUGAAACUUUUAAAAAUAAGCCUAACUAUAUUGACAACCAAAAUAAUGAGAAAACGUUAAUUAAACACUCAACGCCUUGUUUCAUAGAUGCUGCCAGUUUGGCAGACGAAGAACAAAUUUCUGUCCAGUCAUCUAACAUAAAUGAUAUUGAGGGUGGUAUAUCAAGACCCAACUUAAUACCUAUGCCGAGUAAACCAGUGCCAUGUUCCACAGUAAAUAAGCAAGAUAAUAGCCCAGGUGAUUGGUCUGAAAGUAACGAUAAUGAUGAUUCGUUAGAACAAGGGGAUAAUAAAGAAACAGAUUCGAUACAAAAAGAUUUGUCUCCGACUAUUUUUGAAAUGACCCCUAUUACUGAUGACUCUUUGAGCGCAAAUAUUACUGUAGGCAAUAAAACCUCUAGUGAAAGAAACGUUGUUUCAAGAUCCGAGAGUGAGAAGCCUGCCUCGCUCGCUUCUGGUACAGUGUAUACAGUCACAACACCUCACAACUCUAUUACGUCACUCAAAAUAUCUUCUUUAAAACAUUAUAAAUCUGAAGAAAGUGAAGCCGAUACCAUUAUAAGUAAAGAGUGCUACUCAAAUUUUAGUUCUGGAAAAUAUAAAGAAUGUUCUUCCAUAGUUCCAGAUGAUACUUCGAUUGAAGAUGUAUAUACUCCCAAAUAUGGAAUUCAGUCUAGCAGUCCACUCGUUUUACGUAAAAAAGAAAACAUGUCUAUUGUGCCAGGCACGUCAUCUUCAAAUGAAGAUGAUAAUAAUCUUCCGAAAAUUUCAAAAUCUGCGUAUGUAUCAGCGUGGGUUGUUGACAUGUCGCAUCCAAAAGAAAUAGAAUCAGAUAAAUCUAUGUUGAAUUACAAUUGUAAAAAGCCUUGUGAUAGAAAUUGUGAAAAUUUAAGGAAGGAGACAAAAUCUAUUGAUAAAAGUAGAAGUUCUGUCGAAUCAGAUACUAGUGAAAAAUCAGGUCAUAAAUUUUUCAUUGAUUUGUCCACAUUGCCUGACACCUUACCUCCGGAAAAACCAAUAACUGAUGACAAUACUAAUGAAAAGACGAACAUGUUUUCCAUGUAUAUAGGUUUGGGAGAAAAUACGUCACUUAAAGAAAUGCCUUCUCGACUAUCGUCUUCUAUAAACAAUAAAAAGCAGGUAACUGAAUGUAAAGGUUCUUCAAAGUCGAAAUCUCCAAAAUCCAUAGUCAACGAAAGACUGAGUGCGAUUACAAAGGAACACGAUGCUUCUUUUGAAAAAUGCGAUUCUUCUUUUGAGAAAUACGAGUCCCUGUGCGAGGAUCCUAACAUAAGUAUCUCUGAAAUAAUAUCUGUGGCGGUUUCUGGAUGUCCUAAAAGUAUAAAUGAAACUGAAAAGUUUCAUGAAACUGAAAAGAACAAAAUUGAAAAGCCAACGCUUCGACGUGUAAAUGGAGAUAAUUAUAUUAAGAUGAAUACAGUAAAUGUUAUACAUGAAGAAACUGCUAAUACUUCAGAUGAGGCGGCUGAUCUGUUUGUUAAGUUAUCGGAUUUAGAUAAACCGACUAUAAAAUCAGAUAUUUUUAAGAAAGAAAGUUUUGAUCCAAGGAUGACGCGAUCGAUUCCAGACAACAAUUGGCCCGAACAAAGUGCCCAAGCGGCAUCAUCUAGAUCCAGUGAAGUUAUUAGCUCAUUUCAUUCAGAAAAUGCAUUGAGUUUGAAUAGACUAUUUCCUCAUUUAAAAAACGAGUUCAGUAAAAGUAUGCCGAUUUCAUUAUCUGGAAGAAUGUAUUUUCGACCCAGAACCACAUCAAGUGUCGGAGAAAUUGAUGAACCAGUGUCAGACUUGUCUGAAAUUAGCAGCAUUCACAGCAGUAUAUGCCGCUCUGUAAUUGAAAACAGCACCACUGAGGAAACAAGUCAAACAUCAAGUUUAAUAGGAAACUGUCAGUCUAGAUUAGGCCAAGACUUGUUGCGGAUGUUCUUGGAAGAAAUCGCGCCAGAUGUAAUAGUGGAGGCAUCAGGGAAACGUAUCAAAGCUCAUAAAUGUAUAUUGUCAUCAAGAUGUCAAUAUUUCGCUGGCAUUUUGAGCGGUGGUUGGGUUGAAAGUGCUGGAAAUGUCAUUGUUUUGCCGCCGUUUUCGUUCGAAGUGGUACAUUUUGCUCUAUGCCAUAUAUAUUCGGGUCUUUCUACUAUUCCCGAUUCAAUAAGUAUUGUGGAACUCGCCACAAUAGCUGAUAUGCUCAGUCUAGAAGGAUUAAAAGAGGCAAUAAUGUUCACUCUGAAGGCUAAAUAUUGUCAUCAUUUUCACAGGCCGUGUCAAGUUUGCACAGCCGGUGUUCUGGAAUGCUUUCCACUAUCAUCAGUAUAUGGAUUAGAUGAUUUAUAUCGCAAAUGCCUACGGUGGAUUACGAAAUAUUUUGCAAAAGUAUGGCCUACUAAAGCUUUCGCUACAUUACCCAAGGAACUAUUGGACAAAUGUUAUCAAGAGCAUAUUGUUAAUUUGUCAAUUGAAAAUCUCAUUGAUACCGUUUAUGGAUGUGGUUUAACAGUGGCCUCAUUACAAAACAAUAGAUGGUCUGAUAGUGUGGCGCGCAUGUGUCGACGUUUGGUGAAUGCUGCUGCGCAUUUCUCUGCGCCAAGGUUGCUGGCGAUACUGGAAAUGACAUCCACCGUACCUGAUGCGCCUCAACCCGCGCAACAAGCCCUGGAUGACUGUCUCGCCACUGCUAUUGAGUGGGCCCCACCCGAUGAAACAUGUCGAGCAUAUGCUUACCUUUCACACUUGGUUAAAGAAAUACGCAGCCAAUAUAUAUCCAAACCUGAUCUGAUAACUAAUGGCAAUCAAAUAUAUAAACUGCCUGAGCCUAACAAUAUUCUGUUCACGCACGCUACCAGCUGGCGACUCCAGUGUGAGGGUGCUUUAGUGAGGGCCGCUCCAAGAGUUGUAGGCACCCAGGCGUUUAAAGACCUACCGUCAGACCUUCGUAGGCGUCUCCGAGAACUUGGAUGCAUUAUGUAUGGCCCCCAAGCCAUACCUCUCACUACAUCGACGCCACAAGAAAAAAUUAAAAACACUUACCACAACAGGCCCAACAGAAUUUCCAAUGCGUGCAAUACACAAAGUCUGGAAAUGGAGAAAGUGCGAAAGUCCUUCGUUCCAUAUAAACCGAAACCGGCCACUGUAAUGGGUUCGAAAGAUAAGGUGACGAGCAACAGCGAAUUGAGGGAAAUUAGAAAGCCAAAUAAAGUAACUGCACCAAAAGUGAGAACGACGAAAGCGCAAGAAGAGCGUGCGAAAUUCAACCAGACGAAAUCUUUGACUACGCAAGAAUGCGUUGGCAAUAACAAGCAUGCACCGGCGCGUCCGAAUUUAUUUGGAAACACAAAGCCCAGAUAUUUAGGAGCACGCCUUGUUAAGGAAAAUGAAAAGAAGGGAUCGACGAAAAAAUUCGUCUACAAAGUCGUCUCAUCCAGUGAAUCUUCACGGAAUUCCAGCCCAGUCCAGUGUCGGCACUUGCGUGGUAGUCGCAUGAAAGUUACCCAAAAAGGUGAACAAAAGCCACAUGUCAUGUCACAGGAUAGCCUGGCUACUAAUUCAAGGCCUCGCACGGCAGAGCCUUCAACAGAUUCGUUGAGCGAAUCUCAAAAUAGCAACCGGUAUGCUACAUAUACUAAAACCAAACACACCAGCAAAGGAUCCGUAGAUUCAGUCAUGUCAAAAUAUCAAGGUAUUUCACCAUCAUCGUUGAUAAAUGCUAAUAUAAAAACCAAAAUACCCGUGUAUAUGAAUCAAAAUUCCAUAUCCGCAAAUGGCAGCGCCAACAAACAAGUGAACAAAAUGAAAACUGGAACCAAUCAGGCGAAUAUGAAAGGUAAGACGAAGUCGUGCGAUAGAAAGGUAUCCGGAUCCCUUAUGAACGCAACGAAAUCGAGUUCGGCAAAAAUUGUACCGAAAUUGUCAAAGGAAUUGCAAACGAGCAACUCGCAUUCCGUUAAACCCAUUAAACAACCUAAAACUGGAUUAAAAUAUACAUCCAGAAGAGACAAUGGCGAAAGGGAGCAUCACAUUCCUGUGAUGGAACGUUCGGGAACAUUUUUAAAAGAUGAACCCACAUUUGGUGAUAAAACCGCUGCCAUAAGCAUUGACAAGGACCUGUAAAGUAAGGAAUGUAUAUUUUUAUUAUAGUCCGUGCGAGUUUUGCUUUGCUUUUGUUUCAUGGAGUUUGUUUAUGGUACUGAGUGCAAAAAAAAUAUUCAUAGUUUGCUACUUGGACGUAGUUACGCGUAUAUGCAUCACUUAGGUUAUUUCGCUAAGUUGUUCCAGAUAAACGAAAAUGUAUUUAUGAAUCGUUUAAUUUAAAAUGUUUCAAAUGGUAACGGUAAUGUCUUUUACUUUUCUCUAAAAGCAUAGUUGGAAUUUUAUGAACCAAAAGUAAGAAUAGACGUAACGAAGAAUGUCGUGAGCACUGUUUAUUAACUAAAAAAAAAUGUUAAUAUACAAAGUAAUUCUAGAACUAAGACUAUCCAUGUAACACGAUGGAAACUUUUUUUGCACUUACGGCCUUAUCACACUAGUAUAGUUAGCAGGUUCCCACAAAAACUCCUGGCCGAACUAUCAUAAAUGACAGUUAACAAUUUUUAAUAAUAAUUUGACCAGAAAUUUUUUAGGCAACCUACUCGUUAUAUGUUUUUUUACAUACUAAAUUUGAUAUAAAACAAUUUUCAUCCAAUAAGCAGAUGGGUGAAGAUUGUUUCUAAUACGGAUCUUCUAAUAAUAAGGUAUGUCUGGCUAUGCACGCUCGUAGUCCAAUACGUAUACGUACGUUCCGGAACUGUACUGACUUAGAUUAUGAAAAAAAAAUCAUGUACUUAAAAACGUAUGCGUCUAAAACACGAGAUAACAAAUUCGUAUAAAUCUUCAGCAUUUUAAAACUUAGAAAUAAAAAAGAAAAUCAUCAAUAACACUAACGGGAAGAAAAUGCGUCAAGUUAUGAUGAACGAACAAUAGUACCUUUAUUUUUAAAACCACGUUGUCGUAGAUACUUAUUGUAUUUUAUAAUAUUGAUGUUAAACUAUACUUGAAUUAUUAUCGCCAGUAAAACUAGUUAACGUUAGUUGGUAGCAGUUAUUGCUUUUUAAUAAUUUUCUAAGUACAACUUAAGUGAUUUUAUUAUUUUUUAAACAUAAAGGACACCACAGUCAUUUGAAGCGAAGCUUUGUGAUCCUUUUCUAAUAAAAUCAAAUCGCUUUGGAUUUUAAUAUAUUAUAAUAAAUUAUUAAAAAUAUUUAUUUAUAUAUAUUAACAAAAAAAUUAUAUCUUAUCUUGUACUACCUGACCUGGCAAACGUUGUUCGGCCUUAUCGCUAUUGAAAAAUAGGGGUUGAUGGUAAAAGGUUCAUAAUUUAUGUUUAUCACUACCCUACCCCUACUCUACCCCUAACCUACCCUACACCUACUUAACUCCUACAAUGCUUUUACACUACCCCUACGAUGCUUCUACCCUACCACUACCAUACACUUACCAUACCACCAUUCUACCCUACUCCUACUAUACUUCUGCCCUAUCCUUACUCUACCACUACCUUACCCUUACCAUUCCACUAACCUACCUCUACUCUACCCUAUCCUACUUCUACUCUACCCAAACCCUUCCCUAACCCUAUGAUACUUCUGUCCUAACUUUACUCUACCACUUCCCUACCCUUACCAUACCACUAUCCUACCUCAACUCUACCUCUACCCAAACCCUUGCCUACCCCUGCGGUACUUCUGUCCUACCCUUAAUUUACCACUAUCCUACAUUACCAUACCACUAUCCUACACCUAUUUUACUUCUACCAUACACCUACCCAACUCCGACUCUACCACUAUACUACCCUUACCAUAUCACAACCUAACCCCUCUACCCCUACGAUACUUUUACAAUACCCCUAUAAUAUGGUCACGCUUCAGGGUGACAUUAUGGUUGUAUGAUUCAGACACGAGAAACAAAACAUUACGUUUCUAUAUUACACUUGACUAAAAGAAUAGAUAUAGACUAACAGAAUAUAUUUUUUUCAUUUGUUUGACUGAUAUCAUUUAUAACGUCAUUGUCCAUAUUUAUAAAGGUCAGUCAGAUUCAAUCGUGUAUAUAUAAAAUUGGCGUCAAGUCAAACCACGCAUCCCAACGAUUCAGUCAAUCUGAUUUUUAUAACAUCAAUAUGUUUUACUAAUUCUCUUUCUAAUAGUUUUCUUUCGAUUUGUUUAUGUUAUAGUAAAUUUCUCACAAUUAAUCAGAGGAAGAUGGUAGAGGAGUUGUGAGAAUUUAAAGCCAUUAUGAGCUUAAGCAAUAGUAAUGUAUAUAGGUUAUACUUGCCUACGUGUAAUAUCAAGUCGGAUCUUUUUACCUUAUUAUGUUUUAAUUAUAAUUAUUUAUUAUAAAGGUGUUAUUAAUUAAGAGGUCAUGUGUACUUAUAUACAAAGUUUAAUUUUAUUUAAUAAUUUUAGUGCAACAUGUAUAUCAUAAAUAUACGUAGGUAGGUGCAUUUUAUGCUAUCCAGUUAAUUAUUUUUUAUAUUAUUUAAAGUGUAUUAUUACGUUUAGCUGGGCAUCAAAUAUAAUAUUAUUGUUGUAUAAUAUUUAUAAUACACAAUUAUUAUUUUACUAUAAUUGAUAGCAGGAAUCUGAAAGUCUAUCCAUAUUGUAAAAAAUAAUCAAAAAUACCACUUGAGUAUAAACUAAAAAGCAAUGUUUGAAGUCGAGUUUUAUCUUUGACAACUUAUUACUUAGUUUUAGUGUAAUUAGAUUUUUUAGAGUGGCCAAAAAAAAACGGCUACUCUUUUAUUUAAAACUUCGAAUAAAUCUUAAAGUAAUAGUAUGUUUGUAUUGUAAAACCAGUAAAACUAGUUAACGUUAGUUGUGGUAAACAAUUGUAGAAUGGAGAUGUUGAGCCCAUUUUCUUUUUUUUUUAUAUAUAUAACUACCAUUCCUGAAUUAAUAGUCUAGAUGUACUCGUAAUAGGGAUUAUGUUGUUUAAUUUUUUUUUCAAUUAUCUAUUUCAUUAAUUUUUAACUUUUUACGUCUUUAUUCAAUUGGGUAAAUAUUUUCAACAUCACAAUUCUUCAUGCUACAAGUAUGCUAUUAAAAUGUUGUACUUGUCUAUAUUAUUAUGUUUAAUAAUAAUUAUAUUGUAAACUAUUUUAACUUGUACUGUUAACCAAAUUAUUUUAAAUGGGUUUUAUUUAUUUCCUUAAUCAUGUUACCUUUAUUGUAUAUUGACAAAUGUAAUGAAGUUGUAUCUAACACUAUUGAGUAGUAUGUAGAUAAUCGUAUAUAAAGCGCCAAGCUUAGUGUAUGCUCUGAAUCAGACAUGUAUGGUUGCUUUAUUAUAUUAUUUAUAUAUAUUUAUACUUUAUUAUAAUCCCAAAGAGGUUAUAAUAGUUGCCCAGUUCGUCGUCUUGCAGUGUCAGAGUAGUCUAGAAACUUAACGCAUACUAUGCAGGACAUCGAUUCAGAAGUAAAUAAACUCUCUAAUAUAACCGUACACCUGAUAGAGUACUUGAAAUUAAAAAAAAAACUAUAUUACAGUAUUAAAUUUAAUAUGGCCAAGUUACAUUAACUCAUAAUUUUUUUGUGAUUUAAUAAAUGAUUUUAAAAGCAAUAUUGAUCUCGCCCUUUUUAAACCAUAGAAGUUUGAUUUAUAACAUUGUGUACUUUUACAAUUAGUAAUAAUUUAUUUAUUUUAUAAGAACAACGUAAUGGUUAUCAGUUGCUUUUAAAAUUACAUUAUAAUAUUGUUUACGGUUUUAUUGUAAGUGUAACAUAAUAAGUAUUACCUACAUCAUCAUAGAAAUAUAUUCAAGAGAUUUUUACUAUAGUAUCACAUUAGUUUUAAAGUUUGUUAGAAUCUCUUUAUUAUUUUAUUUAUACUGUACUUUGUAGAAGUAGAUAAUAUGCUCCAUUUUGAGUUAUCUCAUUCAUUUUGUAAGUAAUAUUUGCAAAAUAGCUAUUUGUAUUUAAAUAAAUUUGUAUGAACACAAACACCUGUAAAGAAAUUAUUUUUCAGAUAAGUAGUUACAUGUGUAUUUGUAAUGUUAAGGAAUAAUAAUAUACUUCAAUAUUAUAUUCAAGUAUUUAUAACAAAAUGUGAACAUAGGGUUAGUGGAACCCUACAAUUGAUCUCGAUGAUGCUCUCACUAUUCAAAUAUUUACUUUUCGGGUUUGCAUCAGCCAUUGUUGUAGUUAACAUUUAGGCCAUGUUAUUUUUGUAUAAUUUAUAUAAUACUUUUAGAAAAAUAUUUACUUAGAUAUACUGCACAUGCAAGGAUUCACUUUAGUGGUUUACAUACAAUGUGUGUGGAUGACCUAAUCAUAAAUUAUACAAAAUUACACAGUAACAAAUUUACAUGUUUCACUCAAGAAUCUUUCCUGUGGUUACUCACUGAAAGAUAUGUAAUCUAGACUAAUAAAUGUUAACAAUUGAAUUUCUGACAGACUGGAUUAACUAGAUUUUCAUGUCUUCAUCUAUAUUACAACAAUAGGCUAGUUGACACUUUUAUUUAAAGGGUCUAAAAUUGUUUAUUAUAUUGAUUUUUACGUCAUGAAGUUUCAUUACAUGACGUCACAUAAACCUUAAACAAAUGGCUUAGUGUUUGUCAAAAAUUUAGUUAUUACAUUAAUUUGACGUUUAUUCCUUUAGUACAUCAAAUAUCAUUGCGAUGCCACAAAAUGAAAGACGGCAUUUUUGACAUUUACAAAAAUUGUUAUAAUACUUGUACAUAAUUUUUUAAAUUAUGUUUUUGUUGAAAUCCUAAAUUAUAAUUUUUAUUAUAUUUCCUUAUUCCAUGUUCUAUACGAAAUUAAAAUUGUUUAUAUUAAAUUUGAUAUGAGUCAACUACCCUAUUGUAAUAAAUAUUUUUUUUAAACUGAACCAACAUUUUGCAUACUCAUAGUUUCAACAAGAUCACCUCAUAAUGUUUUCUGUUUCUUCAAUUACUGUUGUGAAUUCAUGCAAUGGUCAUCUUGUGAGUUUGAUGACUAUUCAGUUAUGAACAUACAAUCUCCAAUACACUUAUUAAAAGUACUUAGCAUAAUCAUAAUUAUUGUAUCAUCAAAAUAAAACCAUUAUUAGGAGCACAGUCAAACACUACAUUAAUUUUUGAUAAAAAAAAUUGCUUGUUUAUUCUAAUAGUUUAUUUUAAUUUGUAGAGUAUAGUAUAAGUAUUUAAUUUUAAGAUAUUAAAGCAUGUUUCAAAGUAAAAUAUUUAAAUAUUAAA